GUUUAGGUCUCAAUUCACUUUUAUAAAUUAAUUUAGAUACAAUUAUUUCUAACUAUAUGUUUGUUCUUUUGAUUUCUAACAAAUAAUACCACAACUGAAAAAUAUUACCAUAGCAGAACAAGAAUCUGGACUUGAGGAUCUACUACGAAACUUUGAUAAAGUUGAGGAUACUAUUCACUACGGAAGAAAUUAUUAUUUCACGAUGAAAUUUCUCAUUGAAAAAACUUCAGCGGCCACAUAUAUUUUGAUUGAAUUAGUAAGAAAAGAAAAAAAUAAUAGCGUUUUUAUAUGGAAAAAUUAGAAAGCUUUCCAGUAUUUCAAUGAGAGUUUGUUUCCCACCGUGUGUUUCCCUGAGUUGUUUGAUGGGAAACGGGUGGGAAAAUAAUCUUUUUAGUAUAAUUUUUUCAUUGAUUCACGGUGAAAAAAGGUCUACUUUUCUGGUAGUGUUUUCCAUAUUUAUCUGGUUUUUUGGAAAAAUAGAGAAGGAUCCUUAGUCAAAAGGCAUCUUUCCAAGUGGGGACUCUUGAGAUUAAUGUAUGGACAGACUUUAGCCUGUAAAGAUGAGUAUGUGUUCAAUUAUUAGCAAUUGCUGUCGAAGCUUAUGAGUUCGAAGUUCUAAUUCUAAGUUGGUGAGUUCUAAAUUAAUAGUUGUAUAUAUUUAAUGAACUUAGACCAAAGUUAUUGGAUUGAACAGAACUCAUAAUUUAUACUCUAACUCCGCCCAUGUAGUAUUGCAUAGUCUUCGUCUCUUUUGCCUUGAACAUCUUUUAACUGUACAAUGGAUAUGCUUUCUUCUGUUGUAUCUGGUUUUAUUGUUGAGGUAGGGAAGUACAUGUGUAAAUGCAUCUAUCCUAAGAUUGAAAAUAUUGUAUGUAUCUCGUCAAAGAUUGAAAAUCUAAGGGAGGAAAUGAAGAAUCUAACAAAGUUUAGAGAUGAUAUCAAUGCAAAGGUGGAUGAAGCUGAGGGAGAAGGCUAUAAACCAAAACUAGAUGUUGUCAAGUGGAUUGAAGAUGUUCGCGAAGUAAAAUGAAUGGGAAACUAUGCAAGAAAGCAUUGCAGCGGCAAAGACAUUUACAUAUAAAUGUUGUCCAAAUUGCAGCCUUCGCUCAGAAGUCUUCACUCAAGCACGGAACUUCCGAGAUCAACUCAGCAGGCUUAAAGAGGUCAGGGAAAACUUUGGAUCCAAUUUGGUGGUAGAAAAUUACCAAGUGAAAAAAGCUGAGUUCAUCCCGGGACCAUCAAUAGAAGGUCAGUCAACAGCAACAAGGAAUCUCAACAAAAUCCUGCAACUGUUAGAAGAUGAUAAGGUAUGCAUCAUCGGUAUGUGGGGUACCGGAGGAGUUGGGAAAACAACAUUGGUAAGUAAUCUGAACAAUGAGCUCCUAAAGACGGAUGUGUUAGGUCCUAAACUGUCUUUUGGUGUAGUGGUAUGGGUUACAGUGCCCAAACCGCCAAUAGACGUAAGAAAUGUUCAAGCACAAAUUGCUAGCAGAUUAAACCUAAAGGUAGAUAAUGAGGGAAGUGUAAAAAGCAUUGCCAGCAAAAUCUAUCAAAGACUCGAGCAAGAAAAGAGUUUCCUUCUCAUACUAGAUGAUGUUUGGGAGCCUACAAAUUUGGAUGACGUAGGCGUGCCCCAACCUGAAGAUCCCGCAAGAAGCAAGGUCAUUAUAACUUCUCGUUCUUUGGAUGUUUGUAAGCAAAUGAAAACAGACACUGAAAUGAAGGUUUACACAUUGGAUGCGGAUGAAUCUUGGCAACUAUUUGUCAAAAAUGCGGGAGAUAGUGCCAAUCUGGAGCAUAUUCAAUCAUUCGCAAAGGAUAUUGUAAGAGAGUGUGGUGGUUUACCUUUAGCAAUCACUGUUAUUGGAACAUCUAUGAGAGGCAAGAAUAGGGUCGAGCUCUGGGAAGAUGCUUUGAAAUCACUUAGAAUAUCCACACCUCAUAACAAAGAAGUAGAAAAAAAGGUUUACAACGUCAUCAAGUGGAGUUUUGAUUCUGUAGAAUCUCAGGAUGAUAUUGAAUUAUCCUCAGAGCAUGAGAACAAAAAGAGAGGUGACAUUCGAAGUUGUUUCUUGUAUUGCUCCUUAUAUCCGGCAGCAAUGUCAACAAAUGAUCUCAUACAUUGCUGGUGGGCAGAGGGGUUCCUCGGUGAACAUGACACAUAUGAAGAAACCUACAACAGGGGAAUCACAAUGAUUGAAAGUCUAAAAGAUGCCUGCUUGCUAGAAGCUGAUAAGGUGGAUUAUGUGAAGAUGCAUGAUGUGGUUCGUGAUGUUGCUAAAUGGAUAGAUGAAUCCAUUUCACAUGAUGAAGUGCCAGCUUCUGCCAAGAGAUUGUCUUUCAUAAGCAACAAAAUUGAGCACCUCACAGAAUGCCUAGAGACAACAACUUUACUAUUGCAAGACAAUUAUUCCCUUAGGGAAAUUCCCCAUGAAUUCUUUUUGUUAUUUCCAGCACUAAGAGUUGUGAGUCUGAGUCAUACUGGUAUUACAACAUUGCCUUGUUCCAUCAAUAGUUUAUGUCAACUACGUGCUUUAAUACUACACCAUUGUACUUUCUUGGAAGAGUUACCACCUAUUGGUAAUCUUUGCAAUUUGCAAUUGCUUGAUUGUGAUAAUACAAGGUUCCGUUGUCUACCGCAAGGAAUGGACAAGUUGAUAAAUCUGAGGUUAUUAGAUGUGCUUGUAUGUAAUUUUGAGGAGAACAUCGGCGAAGGACUUAUCCUCAAAUUGCCUAGGAUUGAAAUGUUAAAUAUUCGGAGAGACCGUCACAGACUGACGUCUUUUGAUGAGAUAUCGUCUCUACACAAUCUGACUUGUCUUUAUAUUAAUUUUGAUAGCUCAUCAAUUUUGAAUAUCUCAGCCUCGUUGCAGUAUAUAAUUUAAAGAGUGUUUCUGAUUUCGGUCAACUUCUGGGUCUAAGAUUUUCUAAAUUACAACAACUGGAUGUAUACGGUUGUUCAAGUUUAACAUGUCUUUUCAACGCUUUUUCUGUACCCAAGCAGUUGAAAAAAAUAAAUUUGUCCUUCUGUUUCAAGGUGGUAGAGUUAUUUGUGCAAUUAGAAACGUUAGGGGAACACCUGGAGAAACUUGACGUGAUCGGAUGCUAUGGAAUAAGGAAGUUGCCUCUCUCUAUUCAAACAUCCAACAACAUCAAAGUGAUAAGAGGAUCAUUAGAAUGGUGGAGCCGAUUAGAGUGGGAUGACGACAACUUCAAGUCAAAUUUACACCAUUGCUUCGUACCAUAUCUCGGGUAAAACUGAAAGGAUCAAAUUUAGAGCAUUGAUUCAGGACUAAAAAAGCAGAGGAAGGAACUUACCGCACCAGAGAUGCAGAGUUCGCGCCUGUCAGAUGUCUUAAUAACUUGUUCCUUUUUGUUCUGUUGUAGUUUUUUGUUACAGUUGUGUUGUGUGAUCAUCUUGUUAAUUUGUAAUGAGCAUUUUAGCGCAUUCUGAAAUUGUACAUUCAAAAUUUAGCUCA